CCAACUGGCCCUCAUUGGACUGCAGAUAGUACAACUACACUAAUAUACAUCCUGCUGCGUUUAACAGGAAAGUGAAGAUGGACAUUGCAGUUCAGACUCCUUGGCUACGGCGUUCCCUUCUGCCGAAUUUCCUCUUCCCCUCCCGUAUCUAUGACCAGCACUUUGGGGAAAACCUUGAUCCUGAUUUCUUCCCAAGCUCCUCAUCUAUGGUUAGCCCCUUCUACUGGCGAAUGCCAUCCUCUUUGUUCAGGCUGCCUAGCUGGGUACAAUCUGGGCUAUCAGAGUUGAGACUGGACAAGGAUAAAUUUACUAUUCACCUUGAUGUUAAACAUUUUACUCCUGAAGAAAUCCGUGUGAAAGUUCUGGGUGACUUUGUUGAAGUACAGGCUCAGCAUGAAGAACGCCAGGAUGAACAUGGCUAUGUUUCUCGAGAAUUUCACCGAAAGUACAAGAUUCCAACAGGAGUUGAUCCAACACUGAUCACCAGCUCUCUGUCAGUGGAUGGAGUACUUACAAUUUGUGGUCCCAGGAAGUUGGCUGAUAUUCCUGAGCGAUCUGUGCCCAUCACCCGAGAGGAAAAGCCUGCAGUUGCUGGACCUCAGCAAAAGUAGAUCAUUUCUGUUCCGUUCAAUGUGAAAUGAUUUCAAGCCAUUAAAGUAUUGCCUUUCGCUUUAAAUGUAUUGUUUUGUCUUGCUAAAUAAUCACACAUUCCUUAAAAUCUGUUAGCCUGCAAUAAACAUUUAUCUUCACUGCCUUAGUGAAAUUUCCACUUAAAUAAAGUCAAUCAUAUGAAGAA